UUUUCUUACACACAAUAUAAAGUGUAUAAAAAUAAAAAAAAAGAAAAAAAAAAUAAAAAUUUUUUUAUACAAUUAUGUCGUUUUCUAAGUCUAAACCUAAAGUGCCUCAAGUUCAACGAAUGCGUUCAUCUCAUGUGAUGGAAACUACAAAGUCAGGGAGACCUUUCGUCAAGGAUUUAUAUGAUAUGUUUUCAACAUUGAUUAUUUCAAUACCAUUGGAAUCACAUCAAAAUUCAUCUGGAAAUUAUCCAAAUUCAUUUACAACAGAAGCAGCUAUAGCAAAUUUAGGAUCAUUAAAAUUAACUCGAACACAUCGUAUGCCAGAUCAAAAGGAUCCUUCAAAAAUUGUAACUACCGCUACUAUCACAAAAUUUACAAUGUCAAAAGGUACAGCAAAAGCUGCGUGCCAAACAUUUAUGGAUGCAAGAUUAUUUGAAAAUUUAUCGGAUCCUAAUAAUCGAUCAUUUAAAGAUAAAAGUAUUUAUGGUCUUACUCCAAAAGGAAUUUAUAUUUUAGAAAGAUUCAUAUCAAUAAAUAAUCUAAAAGUUGUUCCUAAUUUAUUAAAAAUAUUUUCUUCUCAACCUACUAAAAUUAGAUUAUUUGCUGUUGAAAGAAAUCAUGAAACUGAUUCAAUUACAUUAUCAAAACAAAAUGUUGAAUCAGUUUUUAGGAGGUUUGCUGGUUCAAAACCAAAUGUUAUAAAUGAAACUACUUCUUCAAUUGAUCGUAAUCUUGGAAUUGAACUUCAAGAACGUCAAUUUAAUAAUAAAACACAUCGUACAUUUUCUGGAUUAUCUGCUUAUAAUUGGUUAUGCGAUUUUACAACUUUAAUUUCAAAAAAAGAAGCAAAGAAAAUCAUAACUGAAUUUAUACGUCGAGGUCUUAUAAAAACUAUUGAUGAUAAUAAUAAUAAUAAUGUAGAAGUGAAAGAUUCUAAGAAUGAUUCUAAGAAUGAUAAUUCAAAAUUAAAAUAUUCAAAAUUUAAUAAUUAUACUAUUUUGGAAAAAGGUAAACAAAUUGCUUUAUGGAAGUAUGAUAUCUCUAGAACUUCAACUUUAUCAAUUUUGUCAGAAGCUGAAAAUGUAAAUAAUUGUUUUAAUUCUAAAACGGAAAAUCAAGAAACAUUUAAUAAAUUAGGAGAAAAUGAAUUAAAAGAAAAUCAAGUUAAUAAUAAUAAUAAUAAAGAGCAUCCUUCAAGUUUUAGAAAACUUCAACAAAUUUUAGAUGAUAAAAAUUUAUGCUCACUUUUUAUGGACUUUUCAAAAUCUAUUUUAUGUGAAGAAAAUUUAUUAUUCUUAUUAGAAGUUCAAAAUUUUAAAACUAAAUAUAGUACAAAUAUUAAUGAGAAUGGGGAUCCAAUUAAACAAGAAGAUUUAAUUGUAGAUGCUUUUAGAAUUUAUAAUGAUUUUUUGGCUUCUAAUUCUCGUCAUGAACUUAAUAUUGAUUUUAAUUUAAGUCAACCAAUGACUCAAUAUAUGACUUCAAUAGCUGAUAAUGUUGAUAGAAAAGAUCCUAUAACUAGUCAUUUAUUUGAUAAAAUUCAAGAUGUUAUUUACAGAUUAACAGCAAUUGAUUCCGUACCUAAAUUUAUUAGAACUAAAGAAUAUUUAACUUAUGUAAGAAAUAAUGUUAGAAGUGAUUCUAUAUCUGAAUCAUGAUAUUCGGAACAGCAGAUCGGGAAACUUUCUCAAAAUUUAUAUCAUAUAAUAAUUAAUCAUUUAUACCAUUAUAAUCAGUAUAUAAUAAUAUAACUCACAAACAUUUAUUAAUGUUAGAAGUGAUUCUAUAUCUGAAUCAUGAUAGCAGAUUCUCAAAAUUUAUAUUAUAUAAUAAUUAAUCAUUUAUACCACCAUUAUACCCAUUUAUCAGUAUAUAAU